AUGCAUCUACUCUGGAGGCUCCUGGUUCUCAUCAAUGUGCUGUCCUUGCUCUCAACACUGCAAAAGCAGCCCUGGGCUGGCCUGAUGGACACCCAGAUAGACAGAAAUUCUGCCCUAGUGAGAAUUAUUGCCCAGGGCCUCAUGAAGCACAAUGCAGAGCACCGAAUCCAGAACCUCCGCCUCCUGGACAGUGUGACUGCCUCAGGGCAGAUGACCAAUGGGAUGGUAGGAUGGCUGAUUAGCAGCAUAGUCCUCCAGAAGCAGCAUCAAGGCAGUACCAACAUCACCAACAUUCAUCUGGACUAUGAAGGGAUCUGGAUAUCUUUCCAUGAAGACUGGUUCUCAAUGAAUAUCACCCAUGAAUUUGACAUUGACUUGAACCAGGACUUCAACAACAAGAUCACAAAGAUGCAUGUAAGCCUAAACCUCACUGUGGAGUUCUGGCUGGAGAAAGAUGAAUUUGGCCGCAGAGAUCUGGUGAUAGGCAAUUGCCAUGUGGACCCCAACAGUGUCAGCAUUACAAUCCACAAUGAAGAUUACACACCAAAGAUGAGGUUUUUUCUCCAUAAUUUCAAAAAUAAACUGGACAAUGUUAUCCCACACCUGGUAGGAAGUCAGAUGUGUCCUCUGAUUGAAGAAAUCCUUAGGCAAAUGGACGUGAAGCUCUUAAAAAGCCUCAUGGAACAGGCUAUGGCUCAAGAGCUCAACCAACCAUGUACCUUGCAAGCACCAAGCUUGAAUCCAGCUGUUCACUGA